UCAUGAACAAUCCGCUACACCGCUCCUGCCUCUAUCGGGGCCCAUGCAUCCUGCUCGUGUGUAACGGAGCUCUUUAAAAAAAAACCGAAAAGAGAGGCGAGAAACAAUGAAUUCUCAGCAACUGCCUGUUGCUGGGCAUGAAAUCACCCGCCUCUGCAAAGAAAGAAAUUUUGCAGAUCGAGAAGCGGCAUAGCUGCAAACUCCCCGCUUGACUGGAGGAAAUCUUGCUUGGGCUGGCACGAGAGGUUGAGGCGGGGCUCGGCUCUGGGAGGGGGCCGGUGGAAUCGCGAGCGCAGCGCGCAGUGGGAAACAGAAAUCUCCAGGACGAACGGUAACGGCUAACAGCUCACCUGCGGCGGCGGUAAGGAUUCAACCUCAUUCCGUUGGCGAGGUGACAGAAAGGACCCGUUUGAAGUUCGAACACGGGUUCGGAUUCUCUCCUUUCCAUGAUUGGAACUGUUUACCGUUAGGAACGACGGAGAUAAUCGAUUCCGAACUUCAAACAAAGGAGCGGGGGCGGGAUCUGUCACCCUGCGCUGGUCGCUUACUGUGUGGCCAUUGGCUAGCGGCUGGCGGUCUCGGUCACUGAUUGGCUGGUUGGCCUGUCAAUCGACCGGAGAUCGGUGUUGAAGUGGUUAGCAUGAAGCGAAGUGUAGUGUACGCGGCUGGAUAUGGACUGGUCAAUAUCUCUGAAUAAACUCCAUGAUAGAAGCAGCGGGCGACUGUGGAACGGGAGGCUGUAGUUGGCGGCAGGUUUGGGUGUACGCUCGGGGUCGGGGAACAGGGCCGAUUUGCUCAAUAACCUGUCACCACCCCUCUCCCGGGGCGCCGGCACUGUGCUAGGAGGGCAACACUCGAUCCCGGGGGUCGGUGGAGCACCCAGUCUCUCUGGAAUUUGCCAGGGAAUUUUGUACUUGGCAAGCAGUUGCCCAAAAUGUGCUUGGAUGAACAAUGGAUACUCCUGAGUAUUUGGAUUUGGAUGCGAUAGAUUUUAGUGAUGAUGUUACUUUUGGAAGCUCUUCAGCAAAAGCCCUCCCUGAAUUAUACAAGAGAUCUGAUAUGCAAAAUGAAGGCCGAAUAGUUUCUAGUUCAAACUGGCCUUCGGGAGGUACAUCAUCAAUCAGCAGUGGAAUAAAAGCGAAAGGUACAGCCGAUGUGUACAGUAAAUUCAGACCUGUGAAAAGAGUUUCACCUCUCAAGCACCAACCAGAAAGCCCUGAAAAUGAUAGAGAUACUGAACAGCAUAAACUCAAGGGUAACUAUAAAAAGCAAGAUGAUACUGAAAAUCCAAGUGAACCUAAUACCUUGUGUUACAACAAUGGACAGUUAUUUAAAAUCAAAGACACUGGCACUAGCAUUUUGCUUGGUGAACUUGAACAUUAUGAUUUGGAUAUGGAUGAAAUUUUGGAUGUGCCUUAUAUUAAAGUAAACCACUUUCCUUCCCAAAGAUGUAGUCCUUUCACAAAGGUUGCCUCAGAGAAAAGGCCAGGCAUGGAAAUGAGAGACGAUGGCAACAGGAUUUGCUCAGCAGUGAAGCAUGAGAAUUCACCAACCAACGUAACGCAAUUUUGUAUUCUGUCACCAGUAAAUAGUUUGGAGUUGAGGAAAGCAAAACCAGUUGUCACAAAACCUCAUAGGCAUGCAACUGACAGCAUAGAGGGCUCCGAAUCACCAGAUGGCUGUGAUGCAAUACAUAAUGCUGAAGCUGAGGGUAAAGAUUUGAGUAGCAGAACUUCAAGCUUGUUUGUUAAUUCACAUGGACAUAAGAUUAGCGGUACUAUGCAAAACUCUCGUCCAAAGACAUUGUCUCUGCAAACCCCAACUGAGAGUAAACUAGAAGAAGGAAAUGCUAAUAAAAAUGGGAUUAGCAUGGGAAGACCUGGAGAGACAAGUGAGGAAGCAAAAAACGUCAAAAGUAUUUUAAACAUAGUCAGAGAAGGACAGAUUUCGUUGCUGCCACAUUUAACUGUUGACAAUCUGGAGAAGAUUCAUGAUGAAAAAGGAAAUAAUCUACUGCACAUUGCAGCCUCUCAAGGACACCUAGAGUGUUUACAACAUCUGACGACUUUAAUGGCAGAGGAAUGCUUGACAGAGCGUAAUAAUGAGAAACUUACCCCAUCUUCCUUGGCAGUAAAGGAAGGGCAGCUUGAAUGUCUGCGUUGGCUGAUGAGUGAAACCGAAGCCAUUGCUGAGUUGAGCCCUUCAGAUGGUUACCCUGCUCUUGUACAUUAUGCUGCAUGCUAUGGACAGGAAAAAGUUCUUCUGUGGCUUCUACAAUAUAUGCAGGAACAAGGAAUAUCUUUGGAUGAAGUUGAUCAGUAUGGAAACACUGCAGCUCAUGUUGCUACCCAACAUGGUCACCUGAGCUGCCUUCAGACCUUAGUCGAAUAUGGAGCAAAUGUGACAAUACAGAAUCAGGAUGGAGAGAAGCCUUCCCAGAGUGCAGAGCGACAUGGACAUACCACUUGUUCACGUUACCUUGUGGUUGUGGAAACCUGUAUGUCUCUAGCAUCACAAGUGGUGAAAUUAACAAAACAACUAAAAGAACAAACAGCAAAGCAGAUCAGCUUGCAAAAUCAACUUCAGCAUUUCCUACAAGACCAGAUGACAGAAGGAGCUGAACCCCAAUCUCCUAGUUCCUCUGUACCAUCCGAAAAUGAUAAGAAAACUCAUUCAUCCUGUGGUCAAAGGAUGCCUGGCAUAAGUACAAACGGGAAUGCAGCUACUUACAACAGUGAAACAAAAUCAAAGGUUACCAAAAAGGGGGUACUGAAACAGAAAGGUGAAGAAGCAGACAAAAUUCUGCGUCAGCUCUUGGGCGAAGAAAUUUCUGGAAAUGUGUGCACACAGGAAAAACUUUCUUUGGAGUUUCAAGAUCAGCAGGAGGCAAGUGUUGUAACAGGGUCUGCAAGGAAAGUUCUGAGAAAUAAAAGGGAACUGAAAUUGACCAGACUGAGAUAUUCUCAGAGAUCCUCCAGUGAGUCAGACACUGACUCCUAUAUCAGUGAAGAUCAGAAGAACUCUCCCAUUAGAAGAGCUGACAAACCACGACCAGAGCCCAUUGUUGAAAAAGAUGAAUACACUGCAAAAGUCCACUUCAUGAUUAAAAAGCAUGCCUCAGCAGUUGGGAGAAUGUUUCCCUUUUCCCUUAAAGCCUCUGGUUCAUCAGAUGAACAGAGUCAUUCUCCUAUUGCUGAAAGCAAUGAUAAUGUACCUGACUCUCAGCAUCAGAUAAGAAGUCCAGUCAGGACCCAGUCUGCUGAAGAAUCAGUUCUGCCUUGUGCUGACAAUACUACCACACAAAAAACCACAAACAGUCCUAAAAGUGCUCUGAAGUCACCAUCUUCAAAGAGUAGAACGUCUCAGAAUUUAAAACUUAGAGUGACUUUUGAGGAGCCUGUUGUGGAAAUUGAACAGACAGUUCCUGAAUUAGAUAACAGGAAGGGCACAGAAAGUGAAGGAACGUUACCAAGGUCGGCACCUAGUUUAGAAAUGGGUGAACCAUUGAACAGAUACAUGGGACAGUUUCACUCACCAGUGGAAUCUAUAAACAGUAACCAGAACAACAAUAAUUCACAAGCUACCCAUUUAAACAUGACAUCCACCCCUAAUUUACCACUGAAUUCCACAGGAAGGAAAUCAGGAGGGUCAAAAGCAAGUUGUGUAACUCCCACAAAAGUUAAUGCCAAGACACUGAGUGUGUUAAAAUCCACCAAAUAAUCCAUUGUUUUAAUUUUUUGAAACUUACUAAAACUCUAAACUAACAUUUCAAAAAUUCAAAAUAGUACCAAAUUUUAUUAUAUGUACAUUUGUAUAGAAGAAACCUAGCUGAAUAAAUUUUAAAAUAUUUUGACCAUUCUUUCUACCUGUUUUUUUAAAAGAUCCUAAUGUAAACUCAAAUGAUAUAGAUAAUAGUUUUUAAAGCACUUA